AUGUCAAUAUCGUAUUUGAGCGGCACGGUUCUGUUUCUGACGGCAUGGAUAGUAUAUGCGUGGGUCAAAAAUGAAGUGACUUGGAUGAAAUUGAGGAGGUUUGGGGGAAAGCAUGGAUGUGAAGAACCGAAAGUAUUGAAAAAUCGAUUUCCUGGGGGAAUAGAAAGAUAUUGGGGAAUGUUGAAGCUUAAGAAGGGCAUGGACAUCCUCGAAGACGACGUUCGCGCGCGCUAUCUCAAGAUGGGGGUCGGCACCUACCGAAUCUUCAACCCCUUCCACUCCCUAAUAUCAACCUCCGACCCCCAAAACAUGCAGGCAAUCCUCGCCACCAACUUUGCCGAUUUCGAGCUCGGCCCCAGCAGAAGUCAAAACAUGUUUGAAUUACUCGGCCACGGCAUCUUCACCGCGGAUGGCGAAGCAUGGGCGUACUACCGUCAACAACUCAAGCCUCAGUUCUCCAGAGAUCAAAUAAGUGAUCUAGAGGCUGCAGAUCAUCAUCUCCAGAUUCUCUGUCGAGCACUUCCUCAAACAAGUUCAGAGGAGGUAGAUCUACUUCCUCUUCUGCUGCGUUUCACAAUGGACGUCAGCACAGAAUUCCUCUUUGGAAAAUCAGUCAAUAGUCAAACGACCGCUCUGCAAUCCAGUGACUCAGGAAAUAAUACAGAAUUGCAAGCCGAGGAGAAAUUCGUACAAGCGAUGUCUUAUUCCCAAGACUAUAUUAUCUUCCGCGUGCGAUUCUUUAAAUUAUGGUGGCUGGCGCGCUCUCAGAAAUUUCUGGACGCCUGUCAGAUCUGUAAAGAUUAUUCCGCCGGUUUUGUACAGAAGGCUCUUUCUUCUACUUCUCCAAAAUCUUCCUCAUUUGUAUCUGCAUCUUCCAACAACUCCUUACCGGAACCCCACCCCGAGAAAAAAGAAAAAUACAUCCUCCUCAACGCUCUCGCCACCCAAACCCGUGACCCCACCGAACUCCGCGAUCAGAUGCUCCACCUCCUCCUCGCCGGCCGCGACACCACCGCCGCGCUCCUCGCGUGGACACUUCUCCUCCUCUCGCGCAAUCCUGCACGCUACGCCAAAUACCGUUCUAUAAUCCUCUCGCACUUCGGCCCCCUAUCUUCCUCCUCCCCUCUCUCUUUCACGUCCCUCAAAAGCUGUAAAAUACUAACCCACAUUCUCUACGAGACUCUCCGGCUGUAUCCUCUCGUACCCAUGAACUCGCGCAUCGCGAUCCGCGAUACCGUGUUACCCGUUGGUGGCGGGAAUGAUGGGAAAAAACCGAUAGUGGUUAGGCGGGGUGAGAGGGUUAGUUAUAGUACGUAUGUGAUGCAUCGACGGGUGGAUAUAUGGGGGGAAGAUGUGUUGGAGUGGCGACCUGAGAGGUGGGAGGGGAGGCGCUUGGGAUGGGAGUUUGGGGGUUUUAGCGGAGGGGCGAGAGUGUGUAUUGGUCAACAAUACGCACUCAACGAAGCCAGUUUCGUGAUCGCGCAUUUUCUUCAAAAAUACGAAAGAAUCGAGGCGGUUGAUAUGAGUGGAGAAGAUGGGAUGUUGGGGAAGAAACUGAGUUUGACUAUGUCCCCUUAUGAGGUGAAGGUAAGAUUGUUUGCUGCUGAGGAGUAG